GUGCUAGAGAGACCGACUUUAUUCUGGCAGGGAGGAGAGUGCAGCUUUACUCCUGUGAAGUAGUGGACAAACUAGUGUGGAUGGAGCAAGACAUCUUUCUCCGUCCCUUCCUUGCAUACCAAGUCAGACUGACUUUAUUAUCAUUCACCGGCUCCCACUUUAUUUUGUUCUCUGCAUCUGGAGUGACUGACUGAGAGGAAAGAGAAAGCAGCAGGUUCAUUAGCCUCGGAGGAAGAGAGUGAGGCUGCCCCGAAACAGGACAUCACCAGAAACCAGAUCAAGAUCCGCAGGAGACAGCCAUCAUGUGUGACUGUUUUCACCUGGCAUUUCCCAACUGGCAUGCGUCAGCCGCGGGUGAAGGGCGAAGGCUGAAGGGACCAGAACAAGACACAGAUGAUGAUUUAAUACCAUGUGAGGAGCCUGAAGUUUUAGAGGAGGAACGACCUCGUCCUCAGGGUUCCUCUCCUGUUGAGGAAUUCCCCACCACAGAAAAAUACGAAAAACAGGCUGAAGGUGACUUCUAUGACUCACCCACCAAGGGUUCCAAAAAAAGCAAAAGGAUUGGUUUUGGCUCACUGUUUGACAAGCGUUCCUCUGCCAAGAUGAAUCAAACAGAGGACAUGCAAAAUGAUCAGUCAGAAAUGAUAGUGAAAACUGAAAAAGAAGUCUGUGCUGAGGGUUUGGUUGUAAGUGGAGGGGGAAAGGAUGGCAUCUUCAUCAAGGAAGUAAAACCAGAGUCACCUGCCUCAAAGCAUCUAAGUGUGAAAGAGGGUGAUCAGAUUCUUAGUGCUACGGUAUACUUUGAUGAUGUGUCAUAUGAAGACGCCCUCCAGAUUCUUGAACAUGCUCAACCAUAUAAAGUGGCUUUCUGUCUAAAACGCAAACCACCUCCAAAAACCCAGGAAGAUGCUGAGACAAUGAGGCCAGAUAUAACCAUUGGUGAGGAGGCUGAGCAAGAAGAGGAAGGAGGAGGACCAGAAAUGAGAGGUAGAAGGAAGAUGAAAAAACAAUAUGAUCGCAUUUCUUGGCCCAAAUUCCCCACCUUUAGCAAAGGUCGCAGGGCGAAUUUUAAGAGAUCUCACAGCACAUCAGAAGCAGAAGAACAGAGAAAAUUAGAGAUAAGUCCACCAACAAGUGACACAGAGUCUCCUCUUAAGUCUCCAUUAAAAUCCCCAGAUGGAAAAGAGAAGAAAAAGACACACAAAAUGAAACUUAAGAUGAGGAUGGCAGGCUGCAGGAGCAAGUCUGUUGAAGAAACCCAAGAAAAUGAAGAGGUGCCAUCAACAGACAAUAUGGAAGUAUUGGACAACCAAAUUAUUAUGAAUAUAGCCGUAGAGCCAGGGACUAAUGUGUUAGAGAGCCCUAAAAUCUUGAAUGAAGCUGAAAAUACUGACUCAACUAAAGCAAGGGAUGAAUAUACAUUCCCGACUCUGCCAGCGAAUGAAUCACUGCAUAAGGUUGAGCUCAUCAGUUUGGACACUACUUUAAAGACUACUGAUAUUACAGUUGCUCUUGAAGAGGAUGGAAAAGAAAGGAGAGAGAGAUCGGAACUGAGGGUUAGUACUCCAGGAAAGGAUAAAUAUGAAAUAGAAACAGAGAGCCAAUUAAAAUCCUCCACAAGUGGGAUGCGAACUUCGGAUACAUCAGCAUUCGACAAUAUUAUGGAUAGUCCUAAUGUAAUAUCACAAAUUGAAGCAGUUGGACAUCAAGUUGAUUCCGAUGGCAAACCAAUAACUAAAGAGAUUUUAGAGAAGACACAAAAGUCAGAAGAAAUGUACAUGGACAUACCUAAAAUUGAGGUUUCUCUUGACAUGCCAGAUGUAGGACCAAUAAGCAAAUCACCAAGAAUUGGCAGCGACAAGGAAAAGAAAGAAAGAAACAUUCUAGAAACAGAAAGUUAUGGGAUUCGAACCAGGGGGCCAAUGGCAGACAUAGCCACAUCAAAGAGUCAUUUUGCAAACACGGUAAACAGACUAGAAUUUACACCAGACACUUUUGAGAUUCAGACAAAACAAGAUGUCUCUUCAACGGUCAUGGACACAAAGAAACCAAUCACUUCAACACCAGUUAUAUCCCAGCCAAAAUCACAUGCUCUGGAAGUGGACAAAAGCGGGAAAAGUAUUGGGGGUAGCACAGACACCGAAGUAACAACAAAAGCAAAUAUUGAAUCACAUUUUAAACUACCUAAGGUGGAUAUCUCUGAAUUCAACCAGGAAGACUUGAUAACUAUAAAACAAAGAGACCCAAACAAAGUGCCUCUCCUGAAACGAGAGGAAAUUGAGAUUCCUGGCAUGGAGGACAAAGGAUCAAAAGCCAAGUUUAAGUCUCCUAGAAUUAAAGAACAAAAAAUUGAGAAGAUAAUAAAUAUCUCAAAGGCAGAAAAACCCCAAGCUCAUGGGGAAGCAGAAGAGUUUAAUGUUGAGGAUGUAAAAGAAGCAGUAUCAAAAUUCCCUGCCUUUAAAUUACCUGAGAGAGACAUCACAGGAGUCCUUGUACAGAGAGAGAUCAAAAUCCUGGAAAUGAAAACAGACAAGACUGGUAUGACACCUAAAGGAUCUCCUUGUAAAAUUUCGAGCAUGAGCACAGAAAUAAACAUUAAGUUGCCUGACACAAUGGAUAAAGAAGAACAGAGACUCUCUCCUGUUGCUUCAAAAGAUCAAGCCAUCUUGUUACCUAAAAGUGAACAAUUUCAUUUUGAUGAAACAGGUAUAACCGAGAGCAAAACAGACCAAUCAAAAAUUAAGCAAGCAGACCACAAACCAAAAACUGGCAAAAUGUUAGCGAGAGAUAAGAUAAGUACAUCCUCAGAUGCAAAAUUCAAACUUCCAAAGCGUGAAGACAUUGAAAUACCAGGAAUGGAAGCCAUUGAACAAUCAGUUCAACUGCAAAAAAUCAAAGUAGCCAAAGAUACAGACACUCAAGAUGAGGCUGUGAAAGACUAUACUGAUACAGAUAUCAAAGCAGACAGAAAAAGACAUGAAAAGAAAUCGAAGAAAACAAAGGUAUCUAUGCCUAGUUUUGAGAUCAUGACACCUGACAUUCGCUUCCCUGGUAUCGCGACUGAAUUACCAAUAAAGGCCACAUCAUCUAAAAGUGAUAAUGAUGAAAUCAAGGAGAAUCUUGAUGAAGGACAUGUCUUUGAAAAAUCUCAAAAAGGUGAAAGCUGUGCACCUGAGCAUGAAACAAAAAAAGCACAUGAUAUAGAGGGUGAUCUAAUGAUCGAACAUGACGUUUGCACUGGCACUGUUAAGGAAACCUCAAAACAAGACGUUGAAGGAGAACUGAAGGCUGAAAUCAAAAGCAAAGACACAGAUUCCUCUCCAAAUAAAAUGAAAAUGCCUAAGUUAAAAAUGCCCAAAAUUGGAGGGAAAUCUAUCAAAGGAACAACUGAAGUCACCACAAAAGAGGAUGUUACAGUGGAAGAAAAUGAAAUAAUAGAGGUUGUAUUAGAUUCUGAGAAGAGAGCAUCUGAGACUGAUCCCAAAGCAUAUAGUUCGGAAAAAGACAAAAAUUGGAGUAAAAUAAAAAUGCCGAGCAUAGAUGUUUCUGUUCCAAAAAUAAAAAUCCCCAAGACAGAGGGAAAAUCAAAGCAGGAGGAAACUGGGCUCUCAACACCUGAAAUUCAUGCAGGUGUUGAAUGUAGCAAAGACCACAUUUCCAGUGAGACUACACAAAAGCCGAAAAAAGAAAGGGUUGGGAAAGUUGACAUGAAGGUUGAGGCUGUAGAAGAUGCUCGAGAGGAGAGUGGAUUUACACUGAUCAAGGUUAGUGGAAAAACUGAAGUGGAGCCAUCUGAACUACCACAAGCUGAAAUAAAAGAAGAGUCUAAAAUGAAGAAAAGGAAAAUAUCAUUUCCCAAAUUUGGAUUCUCUAAAUCAGAUACUAAAGUAUCUGAUGCUGACAUAACUCUUCCAGCUGCACAGGUCUCUUUACAAGGUGCAGAUGGGACAGAACUAGAUGUGGAAAGUAAGACAACAGACAUAGAAGCUGAAUUCAAGGAUUCAACAGUUUCUCCCACAAAAUUUAGACUUCCCACAAUUAAACUUCCCAAAUUUGGAGUUUCAUUUCCAAAGACAACAGAUGCUGGGGCUGAUAUUCAAAUGCCUGAAGUCAGCACAGAUGAAACCACAAAGGAUGUUAAAUUGCCUGAAGCUAAAUUAUCUGUAGAAUCUACAGCAUCUGACACAAAAGGCCUGGAGAUGACUCUCAGUGUAUCCAAACCUGAAGUUGACUUGUCUCUACCUGAGGGAAAAACAGAAAUCAAAGGUAUUAGCAUUCCAAAAGUAGAUGGUUUUCAGAAAAAAGAAAUAAAAUCAUCUGAAGAUAUUUCAUUUUCUAAACCAGAGGUUGAUGCUAGUCUGACUUACCAUAUUGAAGAAAUUUCAGCUGCUGAGUUUUCAAAACGAGACAUCAAAGCUGCAGACAUUGAUGUCAGUCUUCCACAGGUUGAUUUAUCCAUUCCGGAAGGUUCUGUGGAAAUAAAAGAGUCGGAUGUGAAUUUCACAGUUUCAAAGGAUGAUGCUGAACAUAAAGAUCUAACAACGGGUGGUACACCAGUAAAGUUUAAACUCCCCUCUUUCAACUUACCAAAAUUUGGUGGGAAAUCAUCCAAGGUAGUGAAAGACAUGCCAUUUGUAGAUAUAGAUAUUGAAGAACCUGAUGUAAGCCUUCCAGAAACACAAAUAAGCAUGAAAUUAGAAGAUUAUGCAGAAGGCCAAUGUGUUAGUGUAGAGGAGGUUACAGUUACACAGCCAAAAUUUGGCAUUAGCCUUCCAAAGGUUGAAGCUCGCAAGCCAGCUGAUAGUAUGGACAAAGAAGAAUCUAUUAUAGACACCAAAAAAUCAAAUGCAGAGUCUGAACAGGCUCAGAAAGAUCCAAGAUCUCCAACAAAAAUUAAACUUCCCACAAUUAAAUUUCCAAAAUUUGGUGUCUCAUUUCCAAAAUCAACAGAUGCAGACUUUGACAAUCAAAUGCCUGAAGUCACCACAGAUGAGCCUACCAUGGAAAUUAAAGUGCCAGAAGCUGAACUGUCUGGAGAACUGCCAUCAUUACCUGAAAUGAAAACCCCACAAAUUAGUGUUUCAAAACCUGAAGUGGAUAUAUCUACAACAGAAGUAGAAAAGGCUUUUGAUGCACACUGUGAAAAGAAAAAAGAAAAGGUAUUGUCUCCCGACCAUGCAUUUUCUAAACCAGAGGUUAAGAUGAGCCUUGUAGGUCAUGGUCUUGAUCAGGAAGCAACUAUAGAAGAUCUGAAAGUGCAAGCUGAGAAACUUGAGAUGGGAGUCAAAGUUCCUUCAGGUACAGUAGAUGUAGUCAUCCCUGAGGCUAAAGAAAAAGAGAGUGAAAUUAAACAUAAAAAACGUAAAAUGUCAUUUCCAAAAUUUGGCUUUUCCAAAUCUGACACUAAGAUCCCUGAUGCUGACACCAGUCUUCAAAAAGAAGGAAUAUCUGUGCCAGACACUGAGAUCAAAGAGACUGAGGUGACGAUUCCUGCUCCAGAAGUCCAGCUGAAAAACAAAAGUACUUCUGGCUCUCCAUCUAAAUUUAAGCUUCCAACAAUUUCUCUCCCUAAAUUUGAAAUUUCCAUUUCAAAGACUGGAGAAGAGUCUAUUGCAAAAGCUGAUGAUGAUGCACAGUCAGAAAUAAAGGCAGCAUCAGCAGUUGCAGCAUCACAAGAUAAAGAUAAAGGUACAGAAGAUAUAGAACCACCAAAAGCAACUUGCGAAUCCCUACCGGUGGAUGCUGAAAUAAAGAUUCAAGACACUGAUCCUGGAGGUCAAGGGAGUAGAUUUAUGAUGCCCAAAUUUGAAUUUUCAUUUCCAAAGCGAAAGGGACCAGAAUUUAAAAAGGGUGCAUCAAGAACUGAUGUAGAAAAACUAGAGGCUACACUGAAACAUGACAUUGAGAGUGCUGAGGGAAAAGCAGACAUACCUGAGGCUUCCUUGGAAUUGGAAGUAACGAUGAAAAAGCCAAAAGUGCCAAGCUCAGAGCAUGGAUUUUCUAAACAAGACGUUAAAGCUCCAGAGAUUAAUGUUGAGAGAGGUGAUACAUCUAUGGCAGUAGGUGAAGUGGAUGUAAAUCUUGAGUCUGACUUGAAUAUUCAAACAACAGAGAUGUUAAAAGAUGAUUCAACCACUGGAGGGUCACCGUUCAAAUUCAAACUUCCUACUUUCAAACUACCCAAAUUCGGAAGUUCAUCUUCCAAAGUAAAAUCUGAAAUAACAGAUUUGAGGGGUGAGGAAAUUACUUUGGAGGCUGAAGAUAUAGUUACAUCAGGAGAAGCAUCAGACUUAAAUAUUGACUUUAAUGUGCCCAGUCAAGAGCUGAAGAAACCCUCAAUCAGUGUUGAUCAGCCAAAGGUAGAUACUGGAGAUCAAUACACCCUGUCACUUACAGAGGCCAAAUCAUCAAAGGCAGAAGUUGAUAUUUCUUUACCAGAGACAAAACUUGGGGAACUGUCAGUUGAAGCUGAAGUACCACAAGCUAAAAUAGAAAGCAAAAUAGAUCAAGAAGUUGAUUUAAAAGACCCAGGUAUAAAAAUGAAAAGACCAGGCUUUUCCUUUCCUAAAUUUGGAUUUUCUAAACCAGAUAUAAAGGCCCCAGAGACUGAUGUCAAUCUUGCACAAGUUGAUACCCCUAAACCAGAAGGUGAUGUGCAAAUGAAAGAACAAAGUAUAAAUAUCACGGUGUCAAAUGUUGAGGCUGAGCAAAAAGAUACGACAACUUUUGGUGCCACAACAACAUUCAAACUCCCCUCAAUCAACUUCCCAAAGAUUGAAGGACAAGCUAUGGAGGAAGUGAAAAAAAUGCCAGAUGUAGAUAUAUCUGUUAAAGAACCUGAAGUGAGCGGUCCACAAAUAAAAAUAUCAGGUGAAGCCCCAUCAGUUGACACAAAGGGACCUCAUCUUGCAACAGAGGGUCAAUCUGUAAGUGUGAACUUAAUGGUUGAAGAAGCUGAACUUGUAGGACAGGGGGGGAAGCUCAAGAUGCCAAAGUUCGGUACUGACCUUCCUAAAGUAAAAGGGUUUGAUUUAAGUGCAUCAAAGACAGAGGAUAUAGCUGAAGUACAGGAAAUUGAUCUAAAAAAAACAGAGAUAACAACUGAGGGGAAAAUUCACCCACCAGAACGUGAUUCUAAAGGCAUAGAUGUGCAGAUAAAGACACUACCUGAAUUUGGGGUUUCAAAACCAGAAGUAAAAGCCCCUGAGGUUGAUGUAAGUAUACAAAAAACUGAUAUCUCCAUACCAGAAGGCAGUAUGGACCUAGAAGAAGCAAAUAUGGAAAUUAAAGUGUCAAAGGUGGAGUCUGACCAAAAGGGUUCAACAAUUUUUGGAUCUCCAACAAAGUUUAAACUCCCUUCAAUCAGCUUCCCGAAAUUUGGUGUUAAAUCACAAAAAGGAGCAUUAGACAUCAAUGUAACUGAUUCAGAACUAGAGGGAACAAAUAUAAAAAGUGAUAUUACUAAACCUGACGACAAAUUACAAGUAAAGCCACCCAGUGAUGAAUCUAAAGUUGAAAAGAGUGCCGACAUGCCUGAGGUUGAUUCUAAAGGACAGCAAGUAAAAGUGAAGAGACCAAGCUUUUCAUUUCCUAAGUUUGGGUUUUCCAAACCAAACAUUGCAACUCCAGAAGGUGAUGUCAGUAUACAAAAAGUUGAAGUAUCCAUACCAGAGGGUAAUGUACCUGUAAAAGAACAAACAGUAGAAGUUACAUUUCCAGGAAGAGAAGAUGAACAGAAAGAACUAACAAUUGUUAGUUCCCCAACCAAAUUUAAACUACCAGAACUUAACCUGCCAAAAUUUGGAGUCAAAAGUUCAAAAGGUACAGCAAGUUUGCCAUCAGCAGAUAAGGAUAUUAAAGGAAUAGAAAUUACUGCUCAAGAACCAGACAUCAAGGUGUCUGAACAAAUACCAAAAAUUGAAAAGGAGGCUGAUAUACAUGCCACAAUUAAAGAAACUGAUGUUAAUCUAGCAGAAGGUAAGGUAAUACUACCCCAACCUGAUGUUGAUGUUCAAGGCAUAUCCAUUGAAGGCAAAGCAGAUAUACCUGAAGGUGACUUGAAAGGGCUUGAUGUGAAACUGAAGAAGCCAAGCUUUUCACUUCCAAAAUUUGGUUUUUCAAAGCCAGAUAUUAAGGGGCAUGAUGUUGAUGCCAGUCAACCAAAGGCAGAUAUGUCUAUGCAAGAGGGCAACAUAUCUGUUAAAGACCAAGAUGCAGAAAUUAAUUUCACAGAUGAAAUGAACAAACAAGAAGAUCCAUCGCAUACAAAGUUUAAGAUGCCCUCAAUCAACUUCCCAAAGUUUGGACUCAAAUAUCCAAAGUCCACAUCUGAUAUUCCAGAAGCUGAAGUAGAUAUCAAAGAACCUGAAAUCAGUUUCUCAGAAACAGGAGAGGUACAAACCACUGACAUGGAAACAAACAUAGAUAUUAAGGGGCCUACUGUUAAUGUUGACAUUAAGGUCAAAGAGAUGGACACUGAUGGGACAGGAAGUAAGUUUAAGCUGCCACAUUUUGGAAUUGGCAUGCCAAAAGUAAAGGAGAUAGAGAUGGAGGGUAAAGAAAUAAACACUGAGACUGGCCUGCUAUGUGAAGAAAAAGUUCAUGUACAACAGCCUGAUGUUGCGAUUCAAAAUGUGACCAUUGAGGGAAAAACAGAUAAAGUUGAAGUUGAUUCCAAAGGGAUGAAAGUGAAACUUCCCAAAUUGGGAUUUUCAAAACCAGAUCUAAAGGCUCCUGAAGUUGAUGUGAGUCUGCCCAAAGCUGACAUGGGCACAUCACUGGGAAAUGUUGAUGUUUCAGAGCAAUCUGUAGAAAUUAAAUUACCAGAAGAACAACCUGAUUUGAAAGAGGACACUUUUGGCUCUCCAACAAGAUUUAAACUUCCAACAAUCAAUUUCCCAAAAUUUGGAAUCAAAACAUCAAAGGACACAGUGGAUAUUCCUACAGCACAUGUGGACAUCAGUGAAGUUAGCCUUACUGAUAAGAAGUUUAACAUGUCAGGAGAAGUAGCAAGUGUUGACAUGAAAGAGCCAACAAUAAAUGUUGAGUAUCCAUCCAUUGAGAUGGACAUUAAGGGAAAGGAUAAAGAACAACAAGAGAGCAAAUUUAAGCUUCCAAAAUUUGGGAUUGCUCUCCCAACAACUAAAGGUCCUGAGAGUGACCAAGGGUUUAAGAAGGCUCUGACUGAAACAGAAGUGAAAAUGUCAGGAGAUGUACUAACUACAGACAAGGAAGAGCUAAAGUUACCCAAAGGAUCAGUGGAAUUGGAUAUGCAAGCCAGUGAAAUGACAACAGAUAUUUCGCUACAGGGCACUACGGAAAUGGGAGAAAGUGAGAGAGAUGGCAAAACUGAAAUAAGUCCACAAUUUGGCUCUCCAACAAAAUUCAAACUCCCAACAAUAAAAUUUCCCAAAUUUGGAUUUUCCACUUCAAAGGUCACUACUGAUGCUCCUGAUUCUGACAUCAAGGAAGUUAAAGGCAGUUCAGUGGAUUAUGAGAUAGAGACAUCAAAAGUGGAUCAAUCAGAUGACAUCAAAUGCAAAACUGCAGAGACUGAAACCCCAUCUAUUGAUAUCAACAUAAAAGCAAAAGAGAUUAAUCAAGAGGGACAGGAAACUAAAUUUAAACUUCCAAAAUUUGGGAUUUCGUUACCCAAAGUAAAAGGUCCUGAGGUGACAGUAACUGCAGGAACACCUGAGGUGACAGUAACUGCAGGAACACCUGAGGUGACAGUAACUGCAAAAGAAGUAAAAACAGGAACACCUGAAAUUGGGAUCACUGAACCAGAAAUUAAAAUCGCAGCAGAUGAUGCAAGUCUCCCAAAAUUAGACAUGGCUUUAGAGGGAAGUUCCAGCCUUGAAAAAACAGAGGUAGAGACAGAGUUGAAAGACGAUAACGUUGCUGUUUCAGGUUCUCCAAGUAAAUUCAAAAUGCCUACUUUUAAAAUGCCAAAAUUUGGAAUUUCAGCACAAAAAACAUCUGAUGCAAAAGGAAAAGUAGCAGAAGUAAAUAUACCAGAUACUAAAACUGAUCUAAAUAUUAAAGACAAGCCUUUACAAGUAGAAGUGUCCAAAGAUAUACACAGAGAGGGUGAAAUUCAAGAAACCACUGAACAGCCUCCAGAGGUUGCUGUUAAAAAACUGGAGGGUGACAAAGGCUCCCCAAGUAAAUUCAAACUUCCUACUAUAAAAAUGCCAAAGAUUAGCCUUUCAAGAACAAAAUCUCAGGAUGGAGAAGAUGACACAACCAUAAAUGCUCCAGAAGCUAAAACAGAACCAAAAGAUGAUGCACAAGGACCUGUAAAGUCACCUAGAUUUACAAUGCCGAGACUUGAGGAUGUUCUCAGUGGCUUUGAGGUUGAAUUUAAUGUUCCAACAAUAGAGGAAAUGGAAGCACAAAUUGACAAACCAUCUGUUAAGCAGGAUCAGGAGGCUGGAGAAAAAGUCAAGGAAGCAGCAGAACAUAAGGACAAAGCAGUGCAGGAGAAAUCAAAGUUCAAAUUUAAAUUUCCAAAAUUAGGAUUCAGCCAGUCCUCAGAUGAAAGUGAUAAGUUAGUUGACGCUAAGAUUGAAGAAAGUGAAAAACAUCCGGAGGCUUCAGCGGAUCAGAAAUCAGCUGUUAGCAAAGAACAAGCAAAAACUGAAAAAGGAAGCUGGUUCAAGUUCUCAUUUUCAUCUCCAACCAAAACUACAAAAUCUGAUGAGAAAGAAGAAAUAAUCAAACCACCUGAAGAGGCUAAGAAGUCUGAUGAUGUAGAGAAAGAAUCCAGCAAGGCACAAGAGGAACCUGAGAAGAACUCGUUCAGCGAGGCUGUGGAAGAAAACAUGAGCCCAACUUUAUCACUAAUGUCAUCUGAAGCUUUUGCAGAUGUAAGUUCUACAGUAACCACUGAGCAGGUUGGCCUGUCACAGACCUCUCCUACAAAAGUUAAAGUGAAAUAUGCGGAACCCACUGCCACCGUUGGGGUCAAUGAUGUACAAACUAAUGUUGUGACUUCCACAGCCAGAUGUGAACUGAUAUCAAUGGAGCCUCACCAGCCAGAGAAAGUCAACAUCCCUUUCUCAUCAGAUAUGUCCUCAACCUCAGUGGACACUCUGAAACAGAUGUCAGGGGAAAUUCAUGUCAUCACAUCGAACAUACAAGCUAUACCAGAAACACAGCAAGCUGCUAUCCUUACUAAUUUAGAUGCCCAUGGAAUUCACACCUCACCAUUACAAAUAACACUAGGCUCAGACUCAGUGUUGACAGUGGAGGAAACCAGAGUGCAAAGUGGGAAGCAAACAUUGGUGGAAAAGCAUGUUGUGAAAGAAACGUUACAUGAUGAUAAAGAGACAAUAAUUGUGACACAGAGAACACGUGUAUUUGAAGGAGACUCUGCAGAACCCAUUUCUGAUGAGACGGCUUCCUCGAUUCGUAGGCUGAGAGACACGGUACACACUGAGAAAAUGAGGUUUUUUGACAGUGUAGCAAAAAAAGAAGAGGUCACAGUUGUGAGCUAUGAAACAUCUCUAAGACAUGUGGAUUCCUCUACCGAUGAGAAUGGGGGGAAUUGAACAUGAUAUAUGGCUGAGUUGAUUUUAUGCUUUUGAAUGUAUGUUUCAGUGUUCUCUUAUAUAAUCAUAAGCCAGCUGAAUUGUAACGCUAAUUAAGUAAAAUUACACUUAUGAACAUAUCACAGAGUAUUGUUUAGCUAAUGGAGAUUUUAAGCUUAAAAGACUCAAGAAAAAUAUAUAUAUCCACCGUACAAACUAUGUAUGUACAAGGAAUAAUAGGAAAAAAAUGAUUACAUUAUAAUUUGGUAUGUGUUUUGUCAGUGCACUUUACUGUAAUACUGUUAUCUUGGGAAAAUUGUUUACAGUGCAAACUCAAUAGCCUAAUAUUCAAGCAAACACCAUUUAAAUAGAUAUAUUCACAAAUAAAAUUAAUUAUAAAGUUGGUGUAGCUUUCAAAGACUGUUGACAGUAUCACAUAUUGAGGCAUUUCUUUCUUUGAGGUUAUCUAUUUUGAGAAAACUAUAUAAUUGCAUAUAAAUCAGUGUUUCUGCAGCCUUGACAAUAAAUAAAAACAAUUGUGUAAA